AAGAAGGAUGCAGUGCUGGUCCCUCCCCUCUGGGGGGCUCAUUCAUGCUCUGAGCUGAUGCUGUCUCAGUGCAUACUGUAGUGGGUUACAGGAUCCAGGGUCACCCUUCUGCUGCUGCUGUGGUGCUGGAGCAGGUGACAAGGGGGCUGGCAGGAGGACAUUGGGACCUCCCCAAAACUUGUGUGCUGCCAGCUCUCAAUGUUUGGGGUCCAGGACACUUUAGGAAGAGGAGGAUCUGCCCUGAGAGACAAAGCCCUUGCAGCUGGCAUGGAUCCUGUCAGGUCCUGGGUGAGGAAUGUUGGAGUGGUGGAUGCCAAGGUAGCAGCUCAGAGUGGGGUCGCGGUGUCCCGGGCACAUUUUGAAAAACAACCCCCUUCCAAUUUACGGAAAUCCAACUUUUUCCACUUUGUGUUGGCGCUGUAUGACCGGCAGGGACAACCCAUAGAGAUCGAGCGGACCACCUUCGUGGACUUUGUGGAGAAUGAUAAGGAAAUGAGCACUGAGAAAACCAACAAUGGCACCCAUUACCGACUGCAACUUCUCUAUAGUAACGGUGUCCGGACCGAACAGGAUCUUUUUGUGAGGCUCAUUGAUUCAGUAACAAAACAGCCUAUAGCAUACGAGGGACAGAACAAGAAUCCAGAGAUGUGCCGUGUUCUACUCACUCAUGAGGUCAUGUGCAGUCGCUGUUGUGAGAAGAAAAGCUGUGGUAACCGGAAUGAGACCCCAUCUGACCCCGUCAUCAUUGACAGGUUCUUCCUCAAGUUCUUCUUGAAAUGUAACCAGAACUGUCUAAAGACAGCAGGAAACCCGCGGGACAUGAGACGGUUCCAGGUUGUCCUCUCUACCACGGUGAAUGUAGAUGGACAUGUCCUGGCCGUGUCAGAUAACAUGUUUGUCCAUAACAACUCGAAGCAUGGGCGGCGUGCGAGACGGCUAGACCCUACCGAAGGUACGGACCCUUGUCUGGAGUACGCCACACCAUGCAUCAAAGCCAUUAGCCCAAGUGAGGGUUGGACAACCGGAGGGGCUAUGGUCAUCAUCAUUGGGGACAACUUCUUUGAUGGCCUUCAAGUGGUGUUUGGGACUAUGCUGGUUUGGAGCGAACUCAUCACUCCUCAUGCCAUCCGGGUACAGACACCGCCGCGGCACAUCCCAGGUGUGGUAGAGGUGACACUGUCGUACAAAUCCAAACAGUUCUGCAAAGGAGCCCCGGGGAGGUUUAUUUAUACAGCAUUAAAUGAGCCGACAAUCGACUAUGGGUUCCAGAGGUUACAGAAGGUGGUCCCCAGACAUCCAGGAGACCCUGAGAGGCUUGCAAAGGAAAUGCUUCUUAAAAGGGCAGCAGAUCUGGUGGAAGCUUUGUAUGGAACCCCACAUAAUAACCAGGACAUUAUUCUCAAGAGAGCGGCGGACAUUGCUGAGGCUUUAUAUAGUGUUCCGCGCAACCACAAUCAAAUCCCUACCCUCUCCAGCUCUCCUGCACACAGCGGCAUGAUGGGAAUUAAUUCCUAUGGUGGGCAGCUAGGAGUCACUAUUUCAGAACAGACUAAUAAUCAGGGUUACAUAAGGAAUACAAGCAGUAUCUCCCCACGUGGCUAUUCCACCAGUUCCACCCCACAGCAGUCUAACUACAGCACUCCUAGCAACAGCAUGAAUGGCUAUAGCAAUGUCCCAAUGUCUAACCUGGGCGUCCCUGGGUCUCCAGGCUUCAUCAAUGGCUCACCUACUACGUCACCCUAUGGCAUCAUGUCGUCCAGCCCUCCAUUGGGGUCUUCUGGAAGUUCAUCCAUCCUGCCUUUCUCCUCCUCCGUCUUCCCUUCCAUGAAACAGAAGAGUGCCUUCGCCCCAGUUAUCCGACCGCAGGGUUCCCCAUCUCCAGCCUGUUCUAGUGGAAAUGGAAAUGGUUUCAGAGCUAUGACUGGCUUAGUCGUCCCACCUAUGUGAGGAAGCAUUGGACUGUUUGUAUAUUUAUGAGAAGCAGAGGAACAGCAUGAAGACAUUGCGUGUCGCCAUCCACAUCCGAGGAGAGGUCUACAAAGCGAGGAGACCUCUUGGUCCCAUCUAUGGAGAUCUAACACCCUUCACAGCAAGGAAAAGUGACCUGUACGGAUACAACGCAUCUUAUGUCUACAUGGUGGAACAACUAAACUGAGUCCUGUACAGAGCUGGAAAUUCGGACAACUACAAGGAAUAUUUUGGAUACUCUUUGUUUUUUCUUCUUUGUAGGGAAAAAAAGAACUAUUUCUAUUUUCAACUAACUUUUUCUGAUACCGAUUUUAUGUUCGAGCCUCGAGAAGAUAAAAAACAAAAAAACAAAAAAAGCAUUUUACAAAAGGAACCGAACAGGGUACCGGCAGGGAGGACUGUGCAGCCAUUAUCUAUGUGGAUAAUCUGCUUCCUAUGCUGUAUGUUUCUGCUUACAUGCUUAACAUUUUUUUUUAAUUUUUAAUAUGUUUUACAUUAUUUAAUUGAAUAAACUUGUAACUUAUUGUAUUUAGAGGUAGAAAAAAAAUCAACAUAAUAAAUAUUGAUAUGGGUGAUGGGAUCUGUGGCCUCACAGAUGACACACACGUCUUAAGGGUGUCGUGUAGGGUUGCAUGCAUCUAAACCCAUGGUUGGGCUUACACCCAUAGAUUGCUCCUUAACCACAGAUGAUUGUCUAUCGACACCCUUUCCUAGAUCCUACAGCUGGUGCCACUUGACCUAGCAUCCCUCUAGUAAGUAGCAGUCACUUGGUGCCAUAAAGGUAUAUUGAUAUGUCUAUGGGGGUGGUUUAAUUUAUUUUGUAAAUUCAAAAUCUUCAGGCAAAGUAAAUAUAAUAUACUCAAUGAGCCUAUUGGUAAAUCCAUAUUGCAAAUUGUUGAGUUGACCGGACAACCUUUGUAGCCCACAAUGCAGUCACUUUAGCAAGUUUUUAAAGAUUUAUAGUGUUCAUCUUGGAUAUUUUCCAUUGCUUCUCUAGCGCCUCAAGUCAUUGUGUCACUACCUUAGGUCACAGUUUUUCUAAGGGUUUUCAUACAAUCAGGGGCCAAUUCCCAUGUGGCCAAUUCCAGGACAGAGCAUACAAAACAUUUAUAGCAUAAAAAAAGGUAAUCCCAUAGACAGACCUUACACUAAAGCAGUGAGAUCCAUAGGUUUAAUGCAACAAAGUCUACUUGCACCCAAAAGAUGACAAAAAAAAGCACUUUGCAAAUUCAAGUCCAUAAAGCAAUAUGUGUUGGCCAUACAAAAUGUUAUGUAUUAUUGUGUUACUGCCUUGAUAUCUUAGUAAAUAAUUUAAGUCACGCCCUUAUUUACCUUCUUUGUUAUGUUUGUGUGUGCCAUGGGAAUAUUUCUUUUUGGACUUCUCGGACCUCCUAUGCCUACUGAUAGCAACUUAUCUCAAUGUGUAGACGAGAGGAAGAUACCCGUGAUAGACAGUGGACCAAUCUCUACAGAGUUCUCAUUUCUCUAGGUUUUUACAGUGCUGCUUUCAUGAUAUCUGCUUUGUUAGAAAGAAAAGACAAAUAAUAAUGAUACUGUCAGUUGUUUUUUUUGUUUUAUUUUAUUCGAGAUGUCCAUCCAGAUUAAAUUUCAUGUUAAGGAG